CCACCAAAAAGUCAAAAUUCAGCAAAUACUGACGUUUGUGUUUGAGUUCAAACCUUUUAAUGCGAGUAUGCUAUCCACAGCAAGUUAUCAAUUAUCUUCUCUUGAAUGGAAGUCAAGAAAACAGCCAAUCAAAACCAUGCAGCCCACUACUGGACAAAAAACCCUCAAAGAUAAAAGGCUUAGCCCUCUCCUUUCAAACAUUUCAAACACCCUCAUCCUCCUUAGCCUAGCCUAAGGAAAUUAUUAGCACAUAGCAGCAGUCUCUCAUAUAUAGAUCUAUUUUAUCUUUUCUUGGCCUUGUUUAUUUUCUUGGAUUGUUUCCAGCACUUGAAAAUGCAAGGAAAAACCAGCUCUGACCUUCCACCUGGUUUUAGAUUCCACCCAACUGAUGAGGAAUUGAUCAUAUAUUACCUUCGUAACCAAGCCACUUCUAGGCCAUUGCCCGUGUCAAUAAUCCCAGAAGUUGAUAUUUACAAGUUUGAUCCUUGGCAAUUACCUGAGAAAGCAGAAUUUGGAGAAAAUGAAUGGUACUUCUUUACUCCUCGUGACAGGAAGUAUCCAAAUGGAGUGAGGCCUAACAGAGCAACUGUGUCUGGGUAUUGGAAGGCCACUGGCACAGACAAGGCCAUCUACAGUGGGUCUAAAUAUGUUGGUGUUAAGAAAGCUCUUGUGUUCUACAAGGGUAGGCCACCAAAGGGUAUUAAGAGUGAUUGGAUUAUGCAUGAAUAUCGCUUAAAUGAUUCAAGAAAGCAAGUCAAACAGCAAAAUGGAUCCAUGAGAUUGGAUGAUUGGGUCCUGUGCAGGAUUUAUAAGAAGAGAAAUAUUGGAAGAAAUUUGGAGGAGAAAGUAGAAAUUACAAAUACACAAUUGGAAAAACCUGUAGCUAAUGAUGCCAGUGAGCAACAAAUGCUGAAAAUUUCAAAGACAUGUUCCCUUUCUCAUCUACUGGAAUUUGAGUAUAUGGGAUCAAUUUCUCAGCUUCUAAACGACAACACAUACAAUCCAAGUUUAGAUUUCCAAAACGUCAUGAGCAAUGCUGGGACUGGGACUGACCAUGCUGAAAAUUUUCAGCUUGGAGAAAUGGCUACCCAUUAUACAAAUUCUGGGAAGUUCCAGGUGAAUCAGGGCAACCUUUUAAACCAGCCAUUAUUUGUGAAUCCAAUGGUCUAUGAAUUUCAAUGAUUUGCCUGGUUCUGACCAGCUUCAGAAGGGACAAUAUAGGUGUUUCUUGGACAUGACAGUGUUUGACAUCCAUUAGAAGUUGUAAAAAUUGUUUAUGCAGGGUAUACAUCUUACAGAAUAGUCAAUUGUGAUAUAGAUCUGAUACCAUCUAUUAAUUAAUAUAGGUUGCACAUAAGACAAGCUUAAAUGAUGUAUAUGAUGAUCACAUUCACCAUUUAAGUUGUGUCCUGUUGCUUUCAAUUAAAUGGAGAUUCUUUGUACCAAUUAUCUUAAUCCAAGGCAGCAUCAUAUUGUCAAAAA